AUGUUGAAGGCAGGCAAUGUAUUCAUUGGUUUAGACUGCUGUAGAUAUUUUGAUGCUGUGCAAGUAUCUCGUUGUUUCAACUGCAAUGGAUUUAAUCAUUCUUCUAAAUUAUGUAAGAAAGAGCGCUCGUGCCCGAGAUGUGGGGAAAACCACGCUGUCAAGGAUUGCAAGUCUGCUACUUUAAAGAGUAUCAACUGCGUUUUUCGACGAAGCAAAGGUGAGCUUAACGUUUGUACUAAUCACGCCGCCUGGGAUAUUAAAAAUUGCUCCUCUUACUUACAAGCUUGUAGCAAGUUGCGAGCCGAUCUGUUAAAAACUGUUGCAUGCUGCGAAGCCAUGAAGUUGUUUCACGUCUCGGUUGAGGUGAACUCACAGCUUUACAUGAAAUCGUGUCUUUCUGAAUAA